GCCUUUGUUCUUUCAUUUUUAAUGAAUGACCUUGUCAACGCUGUGGGGGCCACAGCAUUGACCUUUCAAUAUUUUGUACAGAGCAAGCUUCUUCCCGAGUAAGCUAGCGGAGUUGGAGAAGUCAACAAAUUCGCCAUUAAAAUCUCAAGCUUCUUAAUGGAUAACAUCAUAUCACAUUAUCACUGAUAUCAGCAACAACAAAAGAUAGAUAGAUAAUGGAUAUCAGAAAUCUUCCGCAAGAGGCCAUUGAAGAGAUCCUCUCGAGGUUGCCACCCAAACCACUAGGAAGAUGCAAAUGCGUCUCUAAAUCCUGGCACAAUUUGAUCUCCAGUAGAAAUUUCGUCAAGAAACAUCUCGAUCGAACCCUAGCCGAUAAUCCCCCCGAAAACCCUUUCAGAAUCCUCACGUAUUGGUGCUACGAGUCGCUGGAUUUUGAGUCGCCGUCCGCUCUCCACUCCGCCGCCGACCCCUACGCCGACUCCGACGCCGUGGUGAACCUCGACGAUCCUCUCGGCCCCGAGGAUGGCCCCGAGGAUCCCUGCAUAGAUCGCCGCGUCAUCGGCUCCUGCGACGGCCUGGUUGCUCUGUUGUACAAAUACGACGACGUAGAAAGAAUCAUUCUCUGGAACCCUUGUAUAAAAUUGGCGCGAGAGUUGCCGGGCCCACCACCUUCUCCUCCUCACGCAAACCCCGCCGCGUUUUACGGAUUCGGUUACGACGCCUCCGUAGACGAUUACAAGGUCGUUUGGGUUGUCCGCUCCAAAUCAACCAACCAAACAACCGCCCACGUCUUCUGCAUAUACGGCGGCGAUUCCUGGAGGACGAUUAACGGCCCCGAUAAGAGCAUCGCCGUCCACGAAUUAGAAACCGCUUAUAACCAUGGACCGAUGGGGACUUUACUACACGGCGGUUUACACUGGCUAGCCGACCGAGGAGGAGAUAACGGCGGAUUGAUACUCCGUUUCGAUUUGACUGCGGAAACAUUCAGGGAGAUGCCUCAACCUAUUACGGGAGAUCCGAACAAAACUUUCGAGUUUCUUUGGGUUGCAAAGGAUCGUUUGGGUUUACUGUCCACUCCUAACUUCAUUGACUGUAACAUUGAGUUCUGGGCGAUGGAGGAAUAUGGUGUCGGCGCGUCGUGGUCGAAAUUGUUCUCCACCGGCGACAGUCUGGAGUUCGGUGAACACGUAGCCCCUUUGUGCGUUGCGAGGAAUGGGGAUUUGAUAAUCGAUCUUGAUGGAUAUAGUACGGUGAGGUACAACGUAGGAGAGAAGAGAUUUGAAUAUCUGAAUAUGAAUCACCCCGAUAUGCAUCAGUGCAGCGUGUAUGUGCAAACCAUGGUCUCCCCUUAUAAAAUGCCAAAAACAACCCUCGGAUACAGUGGCGGAGCCAGAAAUCUUCUCAAGUGGGGGCGAACCGGCAAAAGAUUAAAACAAAUAAAAUCCAAUAAAUGACAAAUGGGAUUCCCUGUAGGAUUGGGGAUGGCAAUUCAACCCAUAUAUUAUAUUUAUAUAUAAUAAUAAAUUAUAAAAUAUGCAUAUCUAGAAUAUCUUGACUGUGAUUAUGAGCAUGAAAUAGAAAGUGUAGAACAUGUGUUGUAUGUAGGUGUAAUUUGCCCAGAGAAAAUGGAGUUCAAGGUGUGGAGUUGAUAGAGAGAGGGAACAAUGUGAUAUAAUGUAAUAUAAAUUUGUAUAAGCCAAAGUUGAUAGCAAAGGAAUAUUUAGGAAUCAUAUAGAUACAAUAACAGUAUCACUAUUGCUUUUGCUAGGAGUAUUAUUGGAACCAAAUCCAUUAUCUUGUAGAUCUAGUUACAUUUUCUCUGGUUUUUAAUUAGUAAAGCAGGUAUCCGUAUUAAUAAGAUUUUUUUUUUUUGAAAA